AAUUAAUCGUUCCUAUCAUAGGCCCGCCACCCAAACACAUAUCAUUGCACAGCGAGAUGCGAGCGCACAACCGUCCACGGAAAUUUUCCGAACAAAUGUUGAACAAGCUCAGGUAUUACCUGUCGUCGCGCCGUGCGGUCCGAAUAGCACCACAGCCUCUACACGGUCUACUACGGAUGUACGGACAAGAAAGCCCUCAGUCGGAGCAAAAAGGCCUGGAAAAAAAAAAAAAAAGAAAAGCCGACGCAGACACGUUUCCAACGUCGCAGUCUCGCGAAGACCGGUACGCUUCAUGCGGCCCUCGAGUCCAGGAACGGGGCGUUCGCUCCAGUUCCUCGCAAAGAUUUACAUCCGUUACAGCAGCCGUACCCGUACAGAAAGUACGGAAUCAGAUCGUCCAUGUGGGGAACCAGAAGUCUGACCCUGAAGAGCUGUGUCGGAGGGUCACGUGUCCAGGCUUGGUCGCGUUCAACUCGUUCCGUCGAGAACGCAAACCGAUGGAUGACUUUUGAUGCACAGAUCAGUUUCUACACUGUAACACUUGAUGCUUACUUGAUGCCUUGAUGAUCUCGUAUCAUUCGGACCUACGCGACUCUGUUCCGUCCUAUUUUUUUGCGCGUGCCUGCUGCCACCAAUUCUAAAUGGGUCUGAGCACACAUUGCCUUUGCCGAAUCGUUCCUCCUUGGAUCUCUCCACGGUAUUUUUCCCUGCCGCGAUACAGAUCUUGCGUGUUGUCCCCCCUUUCCGGUGUUCUUGCAUUACAAAUGACACUGUCAUCUCCCUCUGAGCUUACUUUCCACCGGGCGCGUUAUCCUUAUC